AUGGCUUUAGCAUAUAUAUAUGUUCAAAGUGAAUCAUACAAGUUUAUCAUCUCUGAAUGGGGUCGCUCUUUCAUAGUUUCAACAAUUGCACCUGUUCCCUUAGCUGCAGCCUCUUAUGCAUCGGUGGUGGUUGCAAAGAAAGAAACAUGGCGUAGAAGGGAAAUCCAGAACCGAAUGAAGGAGUUGCAUGCUCUCACUGGAAUCCCAGUCAAAAGCCAGAUAGUAUGCGUCAUUAUUGGAGAUAUGAUGCAGGCUAUCAAAGCCAACCAUGAAUUGCUUAAAUCCGGCUUCUAUUGCGUGGCUGUCGGACCACCAGCAGUCGCUCCGAAUACAGCAAGGUUACGGUUGACUCUCACUGCUGUACACACAUCGGAAGAUAUAAAAAGGCUUGUUGCAAUAAUAUCAAAGUACGUCAAGUUUCAAGUUCCCAGCAGCAGCGAUUGCUCCGAUUAUAUAAGUCCCAGACUUUAG